UGUACCAGUUAUUAACGUCACAAACUGAACUGAUGUAGUGCUUCUUUUAAACACCUGAAAAUAUGUCACAGUUUGGACGUGCCGGAACUUGCAGCAGACUUUUAUUUAUUACGCCGUGUUAAAGUGCAACUAACGGACGGUCCUUUUUUUUUAUCCUUUCCAUCGAGAAAUUUGAGUUGACACUCUGAACACAUUGGCGUUAGUCCAACUUAUUCUAACACUAACGGCUUGCGAGGGAUGAAGACAAGAGAGAGGAUGUAAGCACAAAUAACAAGUACUGUCAUGGCACAGCUUUAGUAACGGUGACAUAACGGCCAGCAUAGCAGAGUAGGCCAAGUGGUAACUAGACAACGUUAAGUUACAGCAGUAUUCCGCACACGUUAACUGCUUAGCUUAGCCAGUAGUGAGUACUGGCUACAAAACAACUGUUUGAGGAGUUGUUACUCUAAUAAUCGUAACCAAUGUGAAGCGGAAGGAUUGGGGGAAUGAAGCGAAAAAGCGAUCGAGGUGAGUGCAAACAACGGCCUCUGGUAACAACCGCUAAGAGGAAAAAGCGACAAUCAAAGCAGCAGUUGCAAAACGAGGAUAAAGCAGAGCAAGAGUCUUUUCCUGAAGUCUAUAUUUCCAUCUCAGAUAAUCUCUGUUUUGCCAUUCUUGAACAAAAACCAAAGAGCACAGCAACCAUGCAUUAUUUCUGCACAGAUGAAGAGCUUGUCUAUGAAAACUUUUACUCUGAUUUUGGACCUCUAAAUUUGGCAAUGCUUUAUAGGUACUGCUGUAAGCUGAACAAGAAGUUAAAGCUGUUUUCACAGACAAAGAAGAAGAUUGUUCAUUUCACGUGUUCUGAUCAGAAGAAACAAGCCAAUGCUGCUUACCUUAUUGGAAGUUUUGCUGUGAUUUAUUUAAAGAAAUCCCCAGAGGAGGUUUACAAAAUCUUGUUGUCUGGGAAUGCUGGGAAAAUAUCAUUUUUACCUUUUAGGGAUGCUUCAUUUGGCAUUAGCAAUUAUGGUUUAACCAUUCUUGACUGUUUACAAGCUGUAAACAAGGCAGUGCAGUAUGGUUUUCUUGACUUUAAUGCAUUCGAUGUCAAUGAAUAUGAGCAUUAUGAGAAAGUGGAAAAUGGGGAUUUUAACUGGAUAGUCCCUGGAAAGUUAUUAGCCUUUAGUGGACCUCAUCCAAAGAGCAGAGUAGAGAAUGGGUACCCUCGUCAUGCUCCAGAAGCCUAUUUUCCAUACUUCAAAAAGCACAGUGUCACCACAAUUGUUCGACUUAAUAAGAAGAUCUAUGAUGCCAGGCGGUUUACUGAUGCAGGAUUUGAGCACUAUGAUCUUUUCUUUGUAGAUGGAAGCACACCUAAUGAUGCCAUAGUAAAGAAAUUUACAAAUAUCUGUGAAAAUGUUGAUGGCUGCAUUGCUGUACAUUGCAAAGCUGGCCUUGGUCGUACCGGUACGCUUAUAGCAUGUUACCUUAUGAAGCAUUACAAGAUGACAGCUGCUGAAGCAAUUGCCUGGCUAAGGAUAUGCAGACCUGGUUCAGUUAUUGGACCACAACAACACUUUUUGCAAGAAAAACAAGCUAGCCUUUGGGCAGAAGGUGAUAUUUUCCAUGCAAAAUUAAAGGAACAAAAUGGAAACAGAGUUAAAUUAAUCCUUUCAGGAGUGGAUGACAUUUCAAUCAGUGGCAAAAACAAAAUCCAUUGCAAAGACAAUGUUUUGAAUGAAGAAGAUGAAAGGAAAUGUAUCACACAAGGAGACCGACUUCAGGCUCUGAAAAGUAAAAGACAGACUAGAACUGCGUCAGUGCCAUUAGCUGUUAUCCUACAAUCUACUGUAGAGUGUGAUAAACCUCCCAGAUCCUUUGAAAGUUCUAACUGGGUUAACAAAAGAACAACCAGGUCCUCUACAGGAAGUGUCAGUAGUGGAAAAAGGGUUAUUCUGCAGUCCACAGUACAGUACUGCAAGCCUCCCAGUUCCUUUGACAGUUCUAAAGGGAUUACAAAAAGAACAACUAGAGCUACUGCUGGAAGUGUCAGUACUGGAAAAAGGUUAACAAGUUCACUAGGGAACUUGUAUGUACUGUGUGAAGAAAAGAGUUCCAUACAGAAUGGUGCAAAAACGGGUACUAAGUUACUGAAAAACACCAACCAGCUGAACAGCAUGAACUCGAUAAACCAUGGAAGUGGCUGCAUCACACGCAAAGUGGUCACAGAUCUUCAGAUUUUGCAUUCAUUUCAUUUUCUGAGACGUUCAAAUUCUUACCCACAAUCACUUAACUUCACGGACUAGAACACGAAUUCUUCGUUGAGUAAAGAAUUUUGAUCCAAGGAGGAAAGGGAUCUCCAAGAAAUGCAGUUUCCUUGCCAACCUCAGACAGUAGUUUCAGCACAGAGCUUGAAUUUUGGACAUGUAUCCCAUUUAGCAAUAUUAUUGCAGGAAUAAUAUUUUAGAAGAUUACUUUAGUUUGAAGAGUACUUGGCCAGAAAUGUACCCAAAAGAGGACUCUACAUUGUAAAGAAUAUAAUACUGAUCAUUCUGUGAAUGUUAAGUAGGACUUAAUUGUGAUCAUUCUAUGAAUGCUGAACAUUGUCCUCUGUAGAACAAUUUUUUUAGGACUAACUGCUCAAUUCUGUAUUAGAAAUACACUGAGAUGUACAUAAUUGUUGGCUGCCAGAAUUCAGAGACUGAGCAGUGUACUUCAUAAAGUGCAUGUAUAUAUGUUACUUGUGAUGGCAAUCAUUUUCUUCACAUAGAUGCAAUUUUAAUAAAACUAUUGGGCAUCUGCAUCAGUUAAUGUUGUAGUUUAGUUUAACCACUUCACUUGGAAUUCUGAUUAGUAUUCAUAAUUUUUGUAGCAGAGUAAAACUCCAUUGGAGGCAUUAUUCAGAUUUGUGUUUGUAUUUACUCCAUUCUGAGGACAAAGCUGUAAUUUUUGUCUUUAUGUAAACAGGUUUUUUUUUUAAUUGUAAACCCUGAAGAAAUCAUGAUUCUAAUUAUGCAUUGAUGUGUAUUUUCCAUAUAUCAGUAGAAUUUGGCUUGUGUUUUGGCCAGUAAAAUAUAUACAAAAUUGCAAUUGAUUGGGGUGCAAAGGAAGUCUAGCGUAUUUUGGUUUUAAUAUAGCAUUUUUAUGUAAAUUGUAUCCAAAGCGCUUUGAAAUUGUGGAUUGAUUUAAAUGUGACUACCAGCAAAACCGUUCAUAUGCACAGUAAAGUGGUUUAAGCACUGUGA